AGAGAGAGGGGGAGAGGAGUGAGGUAGAGAAGUGUGUUGGAGGGGGAGACUCGCUGGGAGAGAGGGAGACGCACAGAGAAAUGGAGAGAAGCCCUCAGCGGCCCUGGCACUAGUGCAACGAGUGGUCACUUGAGUAAUCACUGGUGAUUCAGGGAGAAACACGCGGCGCUAAUAAUGGCGGGCCUCCCCAAGGAGCCGCCCCAGGACGGCAAGAAGCAGAGCUUCUGGAUGCCUGGGAACUACGUGGCCACGGUGCACAGGACCGAGCAGUCCUUCCAGGCCUGCAACGACAUCGUGGCCUGCUUCGCCGAGAGGGCGAAGGUGGAGAAGCAGUACGCGCAGCAGCUGAGCCAGUGGAGCAGCAAGUGGAAGUCCAUAGUGGAUUCCCGGCCGCUCUAUGGCUCCCUGAUGAGGGCGUGGCAGUGCUUCUUCAGCUCGGCCGAGCGCCUGGCCGCCCUCCACUGCUCCGUGUCCCAGGCCCUGGCGGCGGAGGAGGGGGGGCGGGUGAAGACCUGGCAGAAGGAGACCUUCCCCAAGAAGAUCUUCUGCGGGUUCAAGGAGAGCCACGACAACAACGCGAGCUUCUCGCGAGCACAGAAACCCUGGUCCAAAAAGCUCCUGAAGCUGGAGAAGACCCGAGCUGAGUAUCACAAGGCCUGUCAGAGAGAGCAGGCGGCUGUGGACAAAGAGAAGCAGGUGAGCGACAGCACGGAGAUGAGUCCGGAGAAGAAGCAGAAGUUCACGGCGGCCAGAGAGAAGGCCGCGGAGGAGAGGGAGCGGACGAGGGAGCGCUACGAGAAGACGCUGGAGGACGUGUCCACGUACACGCCGCGCUACAUGGAGGAGAUGGAGGCCGUCUUUGAGCAGGCGCAGGAGGAGGAGAGGAAGCGGAUCAGCUUCCUCAAGCAGGUGUUCCUGUCCAUCCACAGGCAUCUGGACGUCACCAACAACGAGAGUGUGAAGGCGGUGUACAGCGAUCUCCACAGCACGCUGAUGUCCAUCGAUGAGCAGGACGAUCUGAAAUGGUGGAAGAACAACCACGGGCCCAGCAUGCCCACCGACUGGCCCAAGAUCGAGGAAUGGGUGCCACCUGUCAAAAAGUUAAAGAGAAAGAAGAGGAAUCAGAAAGGGAAAGAGAGCCGACCCGUGAUGAUCGGGGGCGUGAAGGUGCGAGCGCUGUACGAGUACAAAGGCGAGGAGGAGGACGAGCUCUCCUUCAGAGCAGGUGAGGUGUUCCUGAAGGUGGAGGAGGAGGACGACCAGGGCUGGUGUCGGGGCGUGCUGAGCGGGGGCAAGGAGGGCUUCUACCCGGCCAAUUACGUCCAAGUGGUUGACUGAAUCAGCCUUUAACUCCUCACACACGGAUGUCUGAACUGCUGAGUCUGCGUCAGGAUCUGUUUUGAAAUAUACAUAUAUAUAUAUACACGCUUAAGGCCUUGAGACGCUAUUGCUUUGAGUACUUCUACAAAUGAAUGUGUGAUAUGAACAUGUGUGUGAGCUGUACACGCAGACGGAAGGUUAACACUGACGCAGGAUUGCACCGCAGUAACGGUACCUGCUGUAGCCUGUGCUGUUUUCAAACUGCACUGCAGAGAUGUUGAUUUCUGCCGUAUUAACACUGCACCAGGCGAGUGAGGUCCCAGUGUAUCUGCUGAACUGCCAAGAGAGACAGAGGAUAUUUAUUUGCUGUCAUGUCUGAGUGGGAGCUGAUAAUGAUGAGCUUCACCCGGGCUCAGGUUGACAGUCACGUGUUUACACACAGGAGAUUGAAUUUCAAAAUAAAUCCUAUCUUGUUUAUCUUU